AUGAACCUUCUGCUUUCAGACGACUACCUGCUGCAGGAUUAUCCUGAAAGCAUCACAAACACCAUCCGCUCUGGUCACGCAACGAUGCUACGGUUCAACCGUAACGGCGACUACCUUGCCUCUGGUCGUGUCGACGGCACGGUAUCCAUCUGGGACCUCGAGACCAUGGGAGUCGCGCGAAAGUUGAGAGGGCACAACAAGAGCAUAACGUUCCUGAGCUGGUCGCGAUGCGGCCGAUACCUCCUCUCUACCUGCCAGGGUUGGAAGGCGACGCUCUGGGAUCUCCAAGACGGGAAGAGGUUGCGGGAGGUGCGCUUCCGGGCACCGGCAUACAUGGCCGAGCUGCACCCCUGGAAUCACUUGCAGUUCGUCGCCUCGCUCUUCGAGGAGCAGCCCGUCCUGGUCGACAUGACGGACCCCGUCGACGUCAAGCAUAUUCUCCCAUCGGCGCCGAAACGAGUUGAUACGGAGGGUGACGCGGCCCAGAAAGAAAAGCAGGCAAAGGAGGACGCAAAGCAAAUGACGACGUCGGCCAUCUGGACCUCCACCGGAGACCACAUCAUCGCGGGCACGAGCAAAGGCAAGCUCAACAUCAUCGACGCUAGAACGCUCGAGAUCAUUUACUCGGAAAAGAUAUGCGGCGGCGUGAUAACUACGAUGCGGAUAACUGGGUCCGGCCGGGAGUUGCUGGUCAACUCCCAAGACCGCAUCAUCCGCACAUUUAGGAUACCGAACCUGUCGGUGGACCGUCUCGAUCUCGACACAAUACAAGUUCCGUUGGAGCACAAGUUUCAGGAUGUCGUCAACAAGCUGUCCUGGAACCACGUGACUUUCAGCGCAACGGGCGAGUACGUCGCUGCGUCGACAUACAACAACCAUGAGCUCUACGUGUGGGAACAGAACCACGGUAGUCUUGUGUGUAUGCUCAAAGACCCGAAGGAGGAACAAGGAGUCAUAGAGUGGCAUCCAACUCGAGCCCUGCUCGCUGCAUGCGGCCUCGAGACGGGACAAAUAUACAUCUGGUCGGUGGUGAGCCCUCAGAAGUGGUCGGCGCUUGCGCCAGACUUUGCAGAGGUGGAAGAGAAUGUCGAGUACAUCGAACGAGAAGACGAGUUCGAUAUAUACGCGCAAGAGGAGAUCCAUCGACGGCGGCUGGACGCAGAGGACGAGGAUGUAGACGUCCUGACCCAGGAUCCGCUCAAGUUUGACGACUAUGUCGACAGCUUUCGCAUGCCGAUAUUGUUCAACGUCGGCGAGAGCGACAGUGAGGAUGAGUUUGUCGCCGUCUCCACCGGCACCAUGCGCCGGAAGAGUCCUGGCCAAGGGCAGAGCGAUGCGGACGCCGUGGCUGAAACAGCAAAGAAAGGUUCUGCUGGCAAGGGAGGGAGAAGCAAGAAAAAGUUGUUAUCCUAA